AUGGUGUUGGAUUCACCGUUGAAACUGGAGUACCCACUUCACUAUGCAGUCUACAACAACCAACAAAACGAUCUGAAAGAGCUGCUCGCCAACCAAUCCACCCUAGAAAUCGAUAAAAUCGAUCCGAGGGGAAGAACGGCGCUGAUGCUGGCAGUAACCAUAGGACACUUUGAAUGCGCCAACCUUCUUCUGGAAUCUGGAGCAGAUGCGAGUAUUCCGAAUAAAGAAAUGUGGUCCGUAUCGAAUGAGGCAGUGGCUCAGGGGAAUGGGGCAUUCGUUCAAAGUGUUAUUCAACAUAGAGACUUUCAAAGAGCCACGAGAGGGGCUCAGGCAAUGAAGCGAAGUCUGGAGAAGCUUCGAGAAGUUCCUGACUUUUUCUGCGAGAUGAAUUGGGAUUUCUCCAGUUGGGUACCAUUUCUCUCCCAGGCUUGUCCAUCUGAUUGUCAUAAAGUUUACAAAAAGGGGAGCAGUGUUCGAAUCGACACCACUUUGGCUUCAUUUGAAGGAACCAAUUGGGUGCGUGGCAAUCAAUCGUACAUGUUUCGGCUGAGCAAUGAGGGAUUUGCGGAAUUCAUUGUACUGAAUCACGAUGAAAGAGUGGCAGUUGUGCAGGAAUUACGAGAUGAUGAUAUUCUGAAUGAGUAUCGACAAUCGCCCGGAGCAAUGGAUGAUCGACUGAGCAAUACGAUUUCGACGACGUUCAUCGAUGUGGAUAAUAUUGGUUUUGAGAGAACUUCUAGAGGUUUCUUAUCCUGGUUUACUAGUGGAGAAGGCAAUGAAACUGUAGAUGGGUAUGAUUGUAAGGUUCUCAACGCCUCAAACGUUCACCUGGUCACAAAACGGCGUUACGAUCAUCUGAGCGCGGAAGCUCGAGAGCGUCUUGCUCAGGAAGAAGCAUCGGAAUCGAAAGCAGUCGCGAGUUUUAAGAAAAUGAUGUCGACGAAUAAGAGCGAUGAAAAUACGAGAAGGGAUUUGUUCGCCGAAGGGCUGACGGCUGACCAAUAUUUGGAUGCGAAUUUUGAAUUUGAGCCGGGAUGUGAUAUUGGAAAAUUGAGAGAAGUCGUGAAGAGAUCGAACGGGUUCAAGGCGACACUUUGGAUGGCUGAUGAGUAUCCAUUGAGUCUACAUGACCAAAUCAUCCCGAUCGUCGAGUUAAUGGCAGUGAACUCUCCUCACUUUGCACGUCUUCACAAAUUCAUACGCCUUCAACUUCCCGCCGGAUUCCCAGUGAAAAUUGAGAUUCCCCUCUUCCACAUCGUCAGCGCCAGAAUUGCAUUCCAGAAUAUCAAUGCGCCAGGGAAGCAUGUAAUUCCAAUUGAAGGACGAGAUGUAUUGAUUGAAGAUGAGGCGUUUUCAAUUCCAGAUGGUUAUGUGAUUGAUGAUGAUGAUUACGGUAGAUAUGGGAUUACGUGGGAGGAUGAUGAUGAUCGGAAUAAUCGGAAUAGCCAGAGGAAUGGGACAGGAGGAGCAGGAGAGAGAAGAGGAGUGCCAAGACAUGCUAACCCCUACUCUGAGGAAAUGAUGAUCCAAAUGGCAAUUGAACAGAGUCUUCGAGAAUCUUCUGGAACUUCAUCUUCUCAAAAUCCCCGAACCGAAGUUCAAGUCCUCCAAGACCUGAUGCAUCUUCAACAAUUCAACACUUCUGAAUCCUCAACGUCAUCUGACACUGAAUUCUUCCGCGCCAUCCGUGAUUCUCAAGCCGACGAAGAACGACGUCGUCGUGAAGAAGAAGCGUUUGAAGAGGAGAUUCGAAAAGUUCUGGAACUCAGCAAACUUGAAAAAUAA